GCUAAUCGAUACGGAGCCGCUUACAUACUCAGCUAUGUUUCUCAGUCUCAAUCAGUACAUCCUGGCAAUGUUUUUGUUAUAAUUACGACGUACAUUGUUUAUUGUGAAGUAAGCCUGUUUCUGCUUAGAAUAUCGCGAUCUCUUUGAGGUUAAGCGAUUCAGAAGUGAAUUUCAGUACAAGAUGAAAGUUGACAUUUACAAUAUACAGUGCACGACCCGAUAGAGGACGCUAGUGUCUACGUCAAAACAUAAGAGGUGUAUAAAUUGAUUUUUUGUUACUAUUACAUGUUUCUUUUAGUAGUGAAAGAUACAAAUUGUGUUUAGUUUGAAUUGAAAUUAAAUUUGUAAUCUAUAUCAAGAAAAAGAAAUAUACGACUAUACUGUGAUUUGAUUAAUUAAAUAGUAAUAAUGGAAGGCAUUCAGAAAGAACAGGUGCCGUUGAACAUUGAGAAGAAAAAAAGUAAACGCAAAUUUAGAACAUGGGAACGAAUAGGUAAAUGGGAUAUUCGUGAUAUUCAAAAAAGUUUUACGUUUAAAGUAGUUUCUUACAAUAUUCUUUCGCAACAUUUACUGGAAUCCCAACUAUACCUUUUUCAAAACUGUUCAAUGGUAAAUCUCCAGUGGGAUGUAAGAUCAAAACGUUUAUUUGAUCAGAUCAUCAGGUUAGAUCCUGACAUACUCUGCCUCCAAGAAGUUCAUGCAUCUUAUCGUGAGAGCUUCUUUUCGCAGUUUGAAGAAGUAGGCUAUACUGGUGUAUUUAAGAAAAGAACUGGAGUCUAUGAUGAUGGAUGCGCCAUUUAUUUUAAGAAAUCAGUUUUUCAAAUGGAAGAUCACAUUCUUGUGCAAUUUUGUCAGACAAGUUAUGGUAUUUUGAAUCGAGACGAAGUUGGGCUGGCUGUGCGGCUGGUCCCGCUCGAUGCGCGCGCUCCCUCCUCGCCUCUUGUCGUUGCCACCACGCGGCUUUUCCAUUACGUCGGGAGCGAACACGUGCGCCUCGCCCAGCUACAACUUUUCCUCGCGCAUUUGGAACGCUUUGCUAACAAUGGUUGCCAACUCGGAUACCAUCCAAUAAUACUAUCUGGUGACAUAAACUCAGCACACGAGACGCCUGUGAUCAAGUUCCUCACCAGAGGUCACGUUUCCGUCAGCAAAACUAGAUUAAGAGGAGUCGAAAUACAAAAUAUUAAUCAAGACCAGCCGCCGGAACUGGAGGGUCCUGCGAACCCGUGGGACGAAUCCUUACCUUUUGUCAGCGAACUAGAACAUCCGCUCAGCCUUCGUUCCGUUUAUGAACAUAGAAAAAAAAAUGGCAGACGCGAAGUCACCACUUUCUACCGUACUAAUUGGAAUAACUUUGAUUACAUAUUCUAUAGCCGCGACAGUAGGCUAAGAUUGCUGGCCCGUUACCGGCUGCCCACAGAUGCCGAGUGCAGGCAGCUGAUACGCCCUUACUCUAUCCCUAACCGCAAGCUGCCCUCCAACCACUUCUCUCUCGCCGCAAUCUUCCAGUACGGCUCUCCUAUGGCAAACUAAAUCAAUGUAGGAAAUGGAAUAAGCAUGUAAUGCGUAUCUUGCAACGAUUCUAAAGAAGUUAAGGUCCAUAGAUCUCCGAGUCACGUGUUUUAUUUACUUUUAAUGAAAUCUAUUAGAACGUGGUAAUUUAGAAACAAUAUCUUGUAGAGAAUACUAAUUUUGCCCUAAUUCGUACCAUUAAAUUCUCAUUAUGGUGCAUGAUUGCUCAAUUACUAUAUUUCCUAACUGUGGUAUAAAGUGAAUUUAUUUCGGUCUUUGAUAAAUAAAAAUAUUCAAUGUA